AUGUCCUCCGCCGCCGCCUCUCUGCCAACACGCACCUCCUCCCACCGCGCCCCGCAGCCGCAGCCGCAGCCGCAGCAGUACACACCGCAUCGGGCUGCCAGCAGCGCGUCCCGCCCAGUCGCUCCUGCUUCGCCGAGACGAUCAAUGUCCACGUCGCAGCCGCAAGCGACGGCCUCCUCGCACAGCCGACAGCCAUCGGGCAACCUCGAAAGGCUCGCUCGGCACGACUUCGAGCAGUCCAAUGUCGCACAUCCGGACACUUCCCACCGCCGGAGCGAGUCGCGCGAGCAGCCGGCGAAUGGCUCCCAUGCACAUCCACCUCGCAGUGACAGUAUGAGGCACCAGACACAUGGCCGCACCGCCUCGCGCUACAAUGACCAGCCGACGCCUGCGCCCAGCUCACACAAUCCCGAUGCGAGAUCGAGCGCGAAUCCGAAUCUACGGCGGCGGACGACGAUUGAUGCUCAGACGGGGCAUUGGGAGCUGGGCAAGACGGUCGGUGCAGGCAGCAUGGGCAAAGUGAAGCUUGCCCGAAAUAAGGAGACUGGAGAGCAGGUGGCCGUCAAAAUCGUGCCCAGGCAGAGUACUGAUGGCGAGCAUCGAACACAGCAGGAGCGCGAGCGAGCGGACCACUCCAAAGAGGUCAGGACCGCCCGAGAGGCAGCGAUCGUGACGCUGGUCGAUCAUCCAUAUAUCUGCUUCAUGCGGGAUGUCGUCCGGACCAACUAUCACUGGUACAUGUUGUUCGAGUACGUGAAUGGAGGACAGAUGCUCGACUAUAUCAUCAGCCACGGUCGCCUCAAGGAGAAGCAAGCCCGUAAAUUUGGUCGCCAGAUCGCCAGCGCUUUGGACUACUGCCAUCGCAAUAGUAUUGUGCAUCGAGAUCUGAAGAUUGAGAACAUUCUUAUCAGCAAGACUGGCGAUAUCAAGAUCAUCGACUUUGGUCUAUCGAAUCUCUUCAGCCCAAGGAGUCACCUAAAGACGUUCUGCGGAAGCUUGUACUUUGCUGCUCCUGAAUUGCUGCAGGCCAAGCAAUACACGGGACCGGAAGUCGAUGUGUGGAGUUUCGGCAUUGUUUUGUAUGUGCUUGUGUGUGGCAAGGUGCCAUUUGAUGAUCAGAGCAUGCCUCAGCUGCAUGCCAAGAUCAAGAAGGGUGUGGUCGAGUACCCACCUUGGCUAAGUCCUGAAUGCCGCAGCCUUAUCGCUCGCAUGCUCAACACGAACCCAAGCGACAGGGCAACCUUACAGGAGAUCAUGAGCCAUCCAUGGAUGACCAAAGGUUUUAGUGCGCCACCUGAAAAUCACUUACCGGCACGGAAACCUUUACAGCUGCCACUCGACCCAGCCGUGGUCGACAAGAUGACCGGCUUCGACUUCGGCGAUGCGGAGACAAUCACAUCUCAACUGACCAAAGUUUUGGAAUCGGAAGAGUACAAACGUGCCAUUCAUCUAUCGGAAAAGAGGAACUUCCAGGCUCCACCCGAAAACGACCAGAAGCGUGGCGUCUUUGGCGCUUUCUACAAGCGCAGAAGCUCGACAACCAGUCGCGAUACCUUGAACACGCCAUCCACUGAAGCCAUACAGACCGGCUCCGACCCGAUCAACGCAUAUCACCCACUGAUUUCUAUAUACUAUUUGGCUCGAGAAAAGCAGGAGCGAGAAGCCCGAGAGGAGAAUCCUGGUGCCUUAGCACUCCCGCAAAGCCCAGGAGAGAAGCCUCUACCAGUACCAGAUCUCGCACCUCCAGCCGCAGCACACACCAACACGUCGACAUAUGAGAUGGCAGGCGAGAAGCCGACAGGUGGCCGCACACGGCCUCGCGCGCGGACACAUGGCGAAGAUGAAGUCACGCGGGACCUCCAAAAUACUGGCUUGAACGCCGGCGCUUCCGCUCACACAUCGGGAACGAAUGUGCACCCCACGAUUGUGGAGCCAGCUGCUGAGCAGAAGUCGUCUGGCCACACGAGAAAAGAGAGCGCUGCGAUCGGUCUCAUCCGAAGGUUGAGUAGGAGGGACAGAGGUGACAGACCGAGCCAUCCACCUCCAGCACUUGCCGCCUUCAAUAAUUCCACCGACGCGCCGAGGAGGAGCUUCAGCAUGCGUAGGACGAGAGAGUCAAGUCAGACGUGUGAGGCCGCAAGGCACGAGACCGACGGCACUGCUCCUGGUGAGCUCCUGACUCCACCCCAGGCCGCCGACACUGCGGGCAAUGAGCGCAGACGAACACAUGGCCUUGGUCGGUCAGUAAGUGUCAACUCGAGUGACAUACGAAGACGAUUCACCAGGCGUGGUGUUUCCGAAGGCUCGUCCAUGAGGCCGCCAGUGACUUCUGCUGGCAGUACGGAUCGUAAAGUGUCUUUCGACCAGGGAAGCAGUAUCAAAGAGGCAGCAUCUGACGUAGAGUCAUCUCGUCCGACAGGCUCCCUGGCUAACCGAGCGAAGUCAAUGGGCCAUGCACGCAAGGAAAGCAUGCAAGUCCGUCGUUCUCGGAGACAGGACGCGCGCAGCACCGAUGUCCCCGAAGAGACCGACCAAGAGCUUGUGGAGGAGACUCCGAACAAAGAGAAUGGUGGCGGAAGCCCGAACAUGAAGCCAGUGUACCUGAAAGGCCUAUUCAGCGUAUCGACGACUAGCAACAAGCCACUCAACUUCAUACGCAGCGACAUCAUCCGGGUACUGCAUGAGCUUGGCGUCGAGUAUCGAGAGAUCAAAGGUGGCUUUAGCUGCAAGCACUCGCCGAGUAUCAUGAGCAAGUCUGCUGCUGAUGAGACGGCGCCGUCCGGAGCCCAGGCGUUGAAUGCGCCUUCGGAGGCUGGCCACAGGCGCAAGAUCAGCUUCGGGGGAUUCCGAGAUCGUGCAAAUGGCGACAAAGAGGAGGCUCGAGCUACGCCACCCGGUGGGCCUCGACCCAAGGCGAGCUACACGCAGUCAGAAGAAGAUUCGGAGGAAGAUCCGCCAAACUCGCGACCAGGAGCAUCACGAUCACGACCAGCAGGAGAGACCAGCACACAUGUGCAGUCGGACCUGGGAGGCGAAAUGAUGCUGAAAUUCGAGAUCCUGGUGGUGAAAGUGCCACUGCUGAGCCUACACGGCGUGCAGUUCAAGAAGGUGGAGGGUGGCACAUGGCAGUACAAGAACAUGGCGCAGAAGAUUCUCAAAGAGUUGAGAUUAUAG